AAACAAGUCUUUGAAAGGAUUGCAAAUAUAGAGAACUAGAAAGAACAGGAACCUAUUUAAAACGAAAAAGAUUCUAUUUUAGGGAAUGAUUUAUGUUUUAAAUGCUUAAAAAGCUCCUACUAGACUUUCAGUAACCUUUGAGUAGAUGUCAAAUCUCUGACAUAUAAGUAGGUAUGGGUCGAAAAGAGAAACGCUUCGAUUUUGCAAUCUUAAGUCAGCCUUUUAGAAGAAUCGCUUAAAACUUUUUAUAAACAAUACUAAACUUCUUUUUGAUUCAACAAGUGACUUACUACAAGAAAAAAAAUAUUAUGUUGUUUAACGUACUUUAGCGUGCAUGAGCAUUGACUACUUCCUCACUUCCUUUCCAGACCCAACGUCCCUGAAGAAGGGAAUUGCUUUUUUAAAAGAAAAUGUCUGCUCCUCCUUGGCAACAGGUACCACAUGAUGAAGAAGAUGAAUCAAUAGAAUAUUCGCAAAAAUCACAAGAGGCGAUACAGCCGGUUUCCGACUGGCACGAAGUGAAAACCGAGGAUGGCCGUGUGUACUAUUACGACUCAAUAUCGAGGAAAAGUGUAUGGGAGAAACCAGAGGAACUCAUGAAUGAAUUUGAACGAAAACUUUCAAAACUUGCUUGGAAAGAGUACACCACGGCUGAUGGAAAGCAGUAUUGGUAUAAUGUAAAUACGCGUGAAUCCGUAUGGGAAAUACCCGAAGAAUACAGGAAGGCGAUCACCGAGGAGACACAUCCUAAAGCCAAGCAGGCGCAACCCUCUGGUCAUCGUAAACAAGAUGCUCGUUCUGAACCGUAUUCAGAGUCCACAUCUCAACCAGCCAGACCUGAUAGAGAACAAGCAGCGCCUUCAAAAGAUGCGAAUUCUCGAAAACGUGCUCCUAAUUUUGUACCUCCUAAAGAAAAGCGUCAACGACGUGGAGAUCAUCGUGAAGAGGAUUUCGAUACAUAUGAGGCCGCUGAGCGAGCUUUUUUCAGGUUUCUGGAUUCAUACAAUGUUACCCCGAGCUGGACUUGGGAACAAGCUGUUUAUGAAUUAUGUACUGAAAAAGGAUAUUAUGUUAUAAAGAAUCCUUGGGAACGGAAAUGCGCUUUUGAUGCUUAUAUAAUGAAUUAUUUGACGGAACAGAGUGACAGAGAAAAGAAUCGAAUUUUGUCUCUCCGGAAAGACUUUUUUGGUCUUUUGAAAUCAAGAAAUGACAUUCAUUCAUAUACUUUAUGGAGAACUGUGAAGUCGCUGCUGGCUGAUGAACCUGCUUUUUUGGCUGCGCCCACCGAGUUUGAACGACAGUUGUUGUUUUUCGAAUAUAGACAAAAAUUAAAAGAAGAUGAUGAAAAGCAACAAAAAGAUAACAGAAAAGCAGCUUUAGAUGACUUCUGUAUCCUUUUGAACAAGUUGGAGUUGGAUCCUUACACGAGGUGGAAUGCAGCUCAAGCAAAAUUUGAAAGUGAUCCUCGCUAUCAGAAAAAUCCAAAUAUGAAAAAUCUAUCACCUCUAGAAGCUCUUACGGCUUAUGAGAGUCAUAUUAAACAGCUUGAGCGCCAGUAUAUCACGGAAAAGCAAAGACUCAAGAAAGAAAAAUUUAGAACCGAAAGAAAGAAUCGCGAUGCUUUUCGCAUCCUUUUACUUCAUCUUCGGCAAGAAAAGAAGAUAACAUUACGCACUAAGUGGAAAGAAAUAUACCCAUUGUUUAAAGAUGAUCCUAGAUAUUUGAAUAUGCUUGGACAGCCCGGAUCUACUCCUUUAGACCUUUUCUGGGACAAUAUUAUUGAACUGGAAAACGAAUUCCGAGAAAAACGGAACGUUGUUUUGGAUUGUCUGCAGCUUUUGCAGCUUAAAAUUGAAGAAGACUCUGAUGUUUCAUUAUUAGUUCAGUCUGUUAUGCAAGGCCUAAAAGGAAACAUGAUGGAAGAAUCUGUUACCGAAGAUAUUGUUUUGGAGGUUAUUUUACGUGCAAAAGAAAAGAUUGCGCAUCGUAAAGCUGAUGAGAAGAAAGCUGACGAACGCCGGAUUCGACGGAAAAUUGAUAACCUUCGAAGUGCUAUCAAAUAUAUAGAACCCCCUAUUCCUCUUACUGCCACGUAUGAAGAAAUGAGGUCUGUUUUGAGCAAUCUGCCAGAAUUUGCUGCUUUAGAUUCUGAAGAAUAUCGUGCUGCUGCCUUCGAUAAAUACAUUCGAAGGCAAAAAGAAAAAUUAGCUUCAGAGAAGCCGAUUAGAACAAGGAGAGGUUAUUACGACGAAGUUGAAGAUAGUAUACAUGGUGGCUAUUCGUCUAGUACUCGCACGUAUGAGACGAAGCCUUCCUUAGAUUAUGAUGAGGGUUACCCAAUGAAGUUAGACCAAGAUGACGGGCCCUCUGAAUCCGUUCAGCCAUCAAAUCGAAAUGAUUUGAAUUCCUUACAGUCAAACGCUCCUGCUGCCUCCGGCAUGGACGGAGAAUCAAGUGAGGAAGGUGAAAUCCACUAGUUAUGAGUUUGUAUUAUAGUCUGAUGCAUAUAAAAUCAUGUUUUAUUAAUUACUUAGUAAACCUCGUCCCUUAUAGUAACUGUCCUGUAGUCUCAGUUCCUCCCUAGCAGUCGUGGUUUCGCCUACCGUUCACCAAGCACCUA